UGAGGGGAAAGCGAAACCUCCCGACAAAGCCUUCUUCUCUUCGCCCGCGGGGGCAGACCGGGCGAGGAAGGCCGACGGACGGACGGGCAGCGGCUGCGGAAAGGGAUGCGCGGCGGGACGCCCUCCCGGCCCCGGCGGGAACCAUGAAGCGAAGCACCCGAGGACGCCGCCGCGCGGCCCCGCUGAGGGUCGAGAAGAUGGCGAGUCCCGGCGGCGGGAUUGCCAGUUUUUGCCCCCAGUGUGGAAAGAAAGUAGAAGAAACCUUUGUCUUUUGCCCUUCCUGUGGGAACCGGCUGCCUGUGCAGGACGAAGAGGAGGCCAUGCAGAUCACUCCGGCUCCUUCAGCGCAAGAACUUAAUAAGAAAGUUUUGGAGAAGCUUACUGUAGCAGUGAAGUGUCCUGAAAAGAAAAAAGUGGAAAUACAUUCACCAGACAAAGGAAAAGCUUCGGCUUCGGUUAAGCAAGGCUCCGGACAAAUCUUGCUGACUUCCAGGUCCCCAAAGGAAACAACGAAAGCAAAACCGAGUUCCCGCUCUCCCAAGAAGACCAAGACUGUGUCCGUGACUCCUCUCCCUGAGGGGGAGAUCCUGACAGACCAGAGUGAUAAGGAGUGGAAGCUUGUGAAACUUCUGAGCCAGUCUGACUUUGGGCUGAUGUAUGAAGCGGAGUCAGCAUCUGGAGCCUGCCGUCAGAAGCAGAGGUUCUCCCUCAAACUUGAUACCAAAGAUGGACGGCUCUUCAAUGAGCAGAACUUUUUGCAGCGAGCAGCAAAGAAAGCCACGGUAGAAAAGUGGAAGAAACAGCAUUCCGUUCCAUUGCUUGGAAUCCCCAAUUGCGUUGGCUUUGGCCUCCAUGGUAGUAACUACAGGUUCCUGGUCUUCUCUGAUUUGGGUCGGUCCCUCCAGUCGGUCCUGGAUGAUGUCCCUGGCCAGAUGACGGAGAAAGCCACCUUCCAGAUUGCAGUCAGGCUGCUGGACGUGCUGGAGUUCCUUCAUGAGAACGAGUACUCCCACGGGGACAUCACCGCGGAGAACAUAUACGUGAAUCCAUUGGAUCUAUCUGAGCUCACCCUGGCUGGCUAUUGCUUUGCUUUCCGAUACUGCCCAGGGGGGAAGCAUGUACCUCAGCGGGAGGGCAGCAGGACUCCACACGAGGGCGCCCUUGAGUUCAUCAGCCUGGAUAGCCACAAAGGAGCCGCCCCAUCCCGUCGGAGUGAUCUUGAGUCCCUGGGUUAUUGCCUCGUGGAGUGGCUGUGUGGCUUCCUUCCCUGGUCAGAGGAGCUGACAAAUCCCUGCGUGGUCAUGGAGAAGAAAGAGAGGUAUAAAGCUGAUAUUAUCAAGAAUCCAAAACUGCUCUGUUGCUGGAGAGCAAUUCCAGGGGCCGUGCAGAGCUACCUGCUGCGGGUGAUGGCCUUGGAGUACGAAGAGAGGCCGAACUACGAAGAGCUCCGGACAUUUCUGAGGAAGCCGCUUGAGCUGAUGCGAGCCUCUGCCUACGACUCGCUGGACCUCAAAGUGGUACCCUAGGUCUGAGGAGCUCGGCGGGAGA